AUGGCGGAGGGGGGUCCCGGGGAAGUGGAGGCUGCCUGUGUGCUCCUGCCCGCUGGGGGCCCCCCUGCCAUGGCCAUCGUGCAGACGCUGCCGCGGGAGGACAAGCGGCGGGAGAGGGAGGCUGAGCUGCGGCUCCUGCGCGACAGCCUGGACGAGAACGAGGUGGCCAUCUGCCAGCAGGAGAAGAAGCAGCUGCAGGAGGACUUCGCCCAGCUGCUGCAGGAGCGGGAGCUGCUGGAACGUCGCUGUGCCUCCUUCCAGCGCGAGCGCACAGAGCUGGCACCCCGGCUGGAGGAGACCAAGUGGGAGGUGUGCCAGAAGUCGGGGGAGAUCUCGCUGCUGAAGCAGCAGCUGAAGGAAGCGCAGGCGGAGCUGGCGCAGCGGGGUGCCGAGCUGCUGGGCCUGCGGGCUCAGCUGCGGGAGGCGCGGGCCCAGCUGCAGGAGGCCGCCCGCAUGAAGGCACUGGAGCUGGAGGUCUGCGCCAACGAACUGCAGCGCCGCAAGAGCGAGGCCGACCUCUUCCGCGCCAAAGCCGGCCGGCUUGAGCAGGAGGUGGCGGGGCUGCGGGAAGCCGUCCACGGGCGAUGCCCCCCACCCGGCGAGGGAUGUCGCCAACCCAGCGAGGAGCCCCGGAGCGGUGCGGGGCUGCGGCAGCAGCUGGAGCAGCUGCGGGCGGAGGUGGCCCUGGAGCGGCGGCGUGGGCAGGAGCAGCGGGACGCCUUCGAGCAGGAGCGUGGCACGUGGCAGGGCGAGAAGGAGCGGGUCAUCCGCUACCAGAAGCAGCUGCAGUACAGCUACAUCCAGAUGUACCGCCGCAACCGGAGGCUCGAGCAGCGGCUCCAGCAUCUCCGGCUCCAGGGCGAGGACCCCCUGCCUGAGCCCUGCGACCCCCCUGGACCUGACCCGCCCUUCGAGGAGAUCACGGCCACUGAGAUCUGA